UUCGAAGAGAACGAUAAUGCAUAUUAAAAUAAAUCAAAUAAAGAUGUCACAGUUAGAGCUAGAUCCUCAAUUUACACAAGGUUUACACCUUCUACAUUCCGCUAAUAAAGAUUCUGCAGAACAGCUGCGAGCACUUCUAGAUGAAGCAAUUAAACAAAAAUAUGGGCCGUCAAAGAUGUUAUCAAAUGUAUUACACAAAAAGUAUAUGAUGGAGGAACCGGUACUGAGCGACCAUAGUAGCAGCAGUAGUAGUAAAAAAAGCAAAAGCUCCUCUUCUUCUUCUUCCAAACAUUCAAGUAAAUCAAGUAAAAACAGUUCUCCUGUGAAUUUACCAACUCGUGACACACCACCUGAUAUUAUUCAGACUGAUAACACUCUGGCACUGGAAAUAUUAGAGGAUGAUUUGACUUGUGUUAUUUGCAAAGGAAUGGAUGUUGGAGCAAGAAACAGAUUAGUUGAGUGUUCAGAGUGCCAUUCCUUGUAUCAUCAAGAGUGUCAUGUUCCACACAUUUUAGACUCUCAGAUAGAUGUUCCAGGACUGGUGUGGUAUUGUUCGAACUGUUCCAAGUCUCAGAUCUCAAAAGAAAGGAGCUCUCCAAAAACAGUGAUAGAAAGCAAAUCUAAAGAACAAAAAAAGUCUAGUUCAAGUGGUGGAAACAAAGUAACACCAAAUAUUCAUAUUAUAAGUGCAGAUAGAAGAUUAAAGGAUAUGAUGAAAAAAGCUAAGCAAGAUAAACGAAGCACAAAUGCUACUCAGAGUUCAAAGAAUUCUUCGUCAAGUUCACCAGCGAUGUCUUCAACGAAAUCUCAGGAAAAAUCACUACUGUACAAAAUCAAGUCAGGCGUGGAAUGAAACUCUGCUCAUACAAAUAUUGUGAUAAUAUUUUAUAAUAUAAAAAAACAAAUUUUAUAAUUUGGACACUGUGAAUUGAAGGAAGUAACCACAAUCGAUGUUAGUAUAUAACAAAAUCAAUACAUUUUGCCAAAGAAUGAUCUUUAACCAGAUAAUAUUAAUUUUAUACGCAGCAGCGGUUUUCAAUUUUGUGCCGAGAAGCGAAGAUUUUUACUUUUUAUAUUGUUACGUAUUUUCAUUAUAUAAUUUUCUUUUUUUUAACAUAAUUUAUUGCGGGAUAUAACGAUGCGAUGAUAAAUUUGAUACUGCAAUGUUUAACUAAAAAAAAUAUAUAUAUAUAAUUUUUGUACAAAUGUACAUUAGUUUAAAUAUCCAAGUAUAUGAAUGUGUAGUUGAAUUUCUGUAAAACAUUAAGGAUCUCAAAUAAAAAGAAAAAAAAAGAACUCUUCAAGGUGUCCUUUGAAAGAAACGUUACGAGUACGGAGUUCAUUUAUAAUAUCAAUAUAUUUUUGCAAUUU